ACCAUGGUCGUGAGAGCUCCAGACGUUUCUAUCCGGCAUCCUCACACCACCGACACCGACGUACCGCCUUACCCCACCUCAACGCGACUCUUCAGCCCGUCCAAUUGUCACAUCACAGUUGGAUGCGCUUGACGAUGCGACUUCACCAUCCAAGAUAGAAGACCGCGCUUUACAGGCUGCCUUGAGCUCCUACCUACUACCAUCUUACUUACAUCCACCGCCCACCGUCUGUCCGACCACUACGACGCCAACAUGGUCAAGUUCUACUCUUCCAACGAGACGUACUCGUAUCCUUUCCCCGCCGUCUCGCUCGCCUACUUCCUCCGCUAUCCGAACCCUUACUCCACUCACGUGCUUUCCACCGACACCAUCGCCCGUCACUACGACCCCGACACGCAGCGUCUAACAACUAUUCGCCUCCACCUGAAACGGUCAAAGCUCCCCUCUGCCGUUCUCAAGCUUGUGCCAAAGUCUCUACUUGGCGCCUCGGCUGGCGGUGAGUCCCAGACUUACAUUCUUGAAAAAUCGGUCGUGGAUAUCAAAGAGGGAUGGAUGGACACCGAGUCACGCAAUCUGGAAUGGACCGGUGUCUUGUCCGUCGUAGAGAGGCAGAAGUUUGUGCGUCCCUCGCCGUCAGUGUCCCAGGACAUGAAGACGCGGCUGGGUACCGAAGGCGCUGCGCAACGUCAUGGCUUCAUCAACUUUGGCGGCAAGGGCGCUGGUGCCAAGAUUGAAGACUCGGGUGAGACUACCGACGUCACAAGCUCGGUCACAUUGCACAGCCACAUUGGCGAGACUUGGAAAAAGAAGCGUGAAGCCGCAAGGGAGGAUGCCGUCGAGGACGAGCAGCCACAAAAGAUGGGCUUCUUGCGAAGCUGGGGCACCGCGGCCCUGCAGCGCAACAUUGAGAAGAUUGGCCUUACGCGUGCGCAGCGAAGCCAACCCAAUGCGCGCGAAGGCAUGAAGGUCGUCCUGGAGCGUAUGCGCGAAGGCGGCCUUGUCGGGGUACUGGAGGGCAUGCGACAAGACCGCGAAGCCAUUCUUGCCGGCCGCCCGUUAGCGACUCCAAGGGCAAUAAACAAGGACGAAUAAAUUGUCGGCCAGAUGGUGGUCUUGGCCGCUCGAACAAAUGACGAGUCCCAUGUUUUCGAUAUGAACAUUCAGCGACGGCGCAACGGUCUCUCUCCCUUCUUUGUUUCUUUUCGUUAUCCCUUUGCUCUCAGGGUCAGUUGGGGCUGGGUUCUGUGUUACUAUUACGCUUCUCACGUGGUACUGUCUCUAGGUUUGGAAUGAUAAAAACGACAUUAAAGCGACGGGCGAUUCUUCUGUACCAUACGGCGAGUCUUUGUAGGCGUCAUGCUUUUGCGAGUCUCAACCGUAC